AUGUCCCCACAUGGCAUUAUGAGCUGGUCGGAGCGAGAAGAAGAGAACCUUCUUCGCUGGUUGGAUGAGAAUCGUGAAUUACCAUGGAAAGACCUUCCGGACGCAUACAGUGAGGAGUUCGGUGUGAACCGAAGCGUUGAGUCUUUACGUGGGAAAAAGUACCAUAUUCUGCGGAAGAAAGGUUGCACGAAUGCCCAAUCUCCAAACACUCGAGGUCGCCGUAAACGACCAGGGCCACCAGGGCCACCAGGGCCAAGACGCCGCGCGGUUGAAAAGAAGGCUUCACACUCAGACGCCCCAGUCAAAGCUGCACCCCAAAUCAACAUUGACCUGUGGUUCCAGACAAUCCUCACGUCCGAAGCUCGUUCUGCUGAUAAUAGCGAAUCAACGCUGACAAGGAGCUCCAUUUCAGCGCUUACCAAUUACCGUCCCAAAAAGUCACGAAUAUCAUCUUGGAUUUGGGAGUAUGUACAUCGUGUCUGCGCCACUGGAAAGCUGGAGUUGUCAAGCACGGCGUGUGGGUGUGUUGUGAGGUAUCACAAGAGAGGACCAGGAGUUAAAUAG